AUGAAUGACUUGCUUCAGCUGUUCCAGCCAUUUGGGGUUAUAACGAAGCUUGUUAUGCUUCGUGCUAAAAAUCAGGCUCUCCUCCAAAUGCAAGAUGUUGCUUCAGCCAUCAACGCUCUUCAAUUCUAUACAAACGUUCAGCCAACUAUAAGGGGAAGGAAUGUUUAUGUUCAAUUCUCAUCGCAUCAAGAACUGACUACAAUGGAUCAAAAUACUCAAGGGCGAGGAGACGAGCCAAAUCGAAUUCUGUUAGUUACGAUACAUCACAUGCUAUAUCCUAUUACAGUGGAAGUGCUGCAUCAAGUUUUUUCUCCCCAUGGAUUUGUGGAGAAGAUUGUCACAUUUCAGAAGUCGGCUGGUUUUCAAGCCCUUAUUCAGUAUCAGUCACGCCAGUGUGCUGUUCAGGCUAGGACUUCUCUUCAGGGACGCAAUAUCUAUGAUGGCUGCUGUCAGCUAGACAUUCAGUUUUCGAACCUGGAUGAGUUGCAAGUGAACUACAACAAUGACCGCUCAAGGGAUUUCACUAAUCCUAACCUGCCUUCAGAACAGAAAGGCAGAUCUUCCCAACAGCCUGCAUAUGGCGAUGUGGGUAUGUAUGCUCUUGAAAUGCCUAACGCAGCUGCAAUUGCUGCUGCCUUUGGUGGAGGUUUGCCUCCUGGAAUUAGUGGGACAAAUGAUAGGUGCACAGUUCUCGUCUCCAAUUUAAAUCCUGAUAAAAUAGACGAGGAUAAGCUUUUCAAUCUGUUUUCCCUCUAUGGGAACAUAGUGCGAAUUAAGCUUCUUCGCAACAAGCCUGAUCACGCACUUGUUCAGAUGGGGGAUGGUUUCCAAGCUGAAUUGGCAGUGCAUUUUUUGAAGGGUGCCAUGCUUUUUGGAAAGCGAAUGGAGGUCAACUUUUCAAAGCAUCCAAACAUAACUCAAGGUGCUGACACGCACGAGUACAUGAACUCUAAUCUGAAUCGCUUUAACCGUAAUGCUGCAAAGAACUACCGAUACUGCUGCUCUCCAACAAAGAUGAUUCAUCUGUCCACCUUACCUCAGGACAUCACUGAGGAGGAGAUUGUGAGUCUUGUAGAGGAACAUGGCACCAUUGUGAACACCAAGCUCUUUGAGAUGAAUGGGAAGAAGCAGGCGCUUGUUCUGUUUGAAACUGAGGAGGAGGCUACAGAAGCCCUCGUGUGCAAGCAUGCUACUUCACUUUCUGGGUCGAUUGUCCGGAUCUCAUUCUCCCAGUUACAGUCCAUUAGAGAAAACCAAUAA